UGUCAGUACUGGGAAUUAAAGUCAACAGUAAAUCAUAAAUAAACAAUAAAAUAUCAUAAAAUAAUAAAAAAUCAUAAGUAAACAAUAAAAUAAUGUACAAUAUAAUAUCUAACAUGAGAUUGUUGCGAUUAUUACACAUUUUUGAAAAAUGUGUUAAUACAUUUUCAACAACGAAUAUACAUACGAAACAACAAUAUGGAAAUUUUACUUUGCUGAAGAGAUUAUGCUCAUCGAAUUAUUUAGAUAAAAAAUCGGAUUUGUAUCGUCAAUUGUAUGCAAAAAUAUUAGCAUGUGGUCCCAUAACACUCGCAGAUUAUAUGAAGGAGAUCUUGAUUCAUCCCACUGCAGGUUAUUAUACAACUAAAGAUGUUAUCGGUCAAAAAGGUGAUUUCAUAACUUCUCCAGAAAUCAGUCAACUUUUUGGAGAAAUUAUAGCAAUUUGGAUAAUCAAUGAAUGGAGGAAGAUUAGCAAAGAAUCUAUUCAACUUGUAGAAUUAGGUCCAGGAAGAGGUACUUUGAUCAGUGAUAUGUUACGGGUAUUCAAAAAACUAAAUAUUUUGAAUAAGAUAUCAGUUCAUUUAGUAGAAGUUAGUCCUGUUUUAUCUGUGAUUCAAGCAAAGAAAUUAUGCAUAGAAAGCAGAGAUAGUGAACUAAGAAUAAAUGAAAACCAAAAAAAUUCUGUUACACAUUACAGAGAAGGUGUUACAAAAGAUGGAGUAAAUAUAUAUUGGUAUCACACUAUCAAUGAUGUUCCUAGAGAAUUCAGUGUAUUUAUUGCACAGGAAUUUUUUGAUGCUUUGCCAAUACAUAAAUUCCAGAAGACUGACAAAGGUUGGAGAGAAGUCUUAGUGGAUAUAAUACAAGAACCUAAACAAGAAAAAUUUCGAUAUGUACUUUCACAAAUGCCAACAGCUGCUUGUAAAGUAUAUCUAUCUCCAAAUGAGAAAAGGGAGCAUGUGGAGGUAAGUCCACAGUGUUCCGUAAUAAUAGAUUAUAUGUCUCAAUUUUUAUGGGAAUGUGGAGGUUUUGCUCUAAUAAUUGAUUAUGGGCAUGAGGGAGAGAAGACUGAUACAUUUCGUGCAUUUUAUCAGCAUAAAUUACAUGAUCCCUUGUUAAAUCCUGGAACUGCAGAUUUAACUGCUGAUGUUGAUUUUUUAUCUAUGAAAGAGAUUGCAGAAAAAGAUAAUAGAUUAAUUACAUUUGGUCCAGUAACGCAAAGAAAAUUUCUGAAAAGCCUUGGUAUUGAUUUACGAUUAAAAAUGAUUUUACAAAAUGCUACUAAUGUUCAAAAGCAACAAAUUGAAUCAGGAUAUCAUAUGAUAACAGAUGAAGAUAAAAUGGGAAAUUGUUUUAAAGUAUUAUCUUUGUUUCCUUUUGUUUUGAAAAAUCAUUUAAAAAAAUGGCCAGUAGCAGGAUUUGAGACUCAAGAUUAAA